CUCUGUGGGGCGAGGGGAAGCGUCAUGUACCGCAAGGAGAAGAGCAUCCUGCUGAAGGACAGCAGCCUGGCCCUCUACAACAACCUCAGCGUCCUGCCCCUCCCUGGCAAACAGCUCACCUACUUUGCCAGCGUCCACGGCAGCACCGUCAACCUGGUGAGCGCCUCGGACGACGGGCUGGGCUUCUCCCACCGCCUGCUGCAAGCCAAGGAGAGCAGCCUGGGGAUGGGGGCCUCCAUCAUCACCCAGGCUGCCUGGUGCGUCCUUCCUUCCCGGAUCCUCUUGGUGCUGACAUCACGGAAAGGUGUCCAGAUGUACGAGUCAGAUGGGUCGGUCAUGGUUUACUGGCAUGCUCUGGACGGGUUGGAGUCCUCUCCAGGGAACGCAGCCUUUGCUCGCGGGGUUGCAGCAGCUGGCCGGCGCUUCGUUUGCGUAGGGGUCUCCAGCGGGAGCAUCCUUGUCUUCGACGUUCCUCCCAAAGGCACCAACAUCACCCUGAGCGAAGUCCUGGGGAAGCACCGCGCAGCCAUCACGGACAUUGGCCCAGAGCUGUGUGUGCAGCCGGAGGGAUCUGCCGACUUGGUCACUGCCGACGACGCUGGGGCCUUGUGCGCCUGGCGUUCUGGGGAGAAAUUUGAACUGGUCUCCCACGUCCCAGUUUCUGGGUGCCCUUGUUCCUCUGUGAAGCUGUGGAAUGGAGUCAUCGCUGCUGGUUUUGGGAACGGGCAGAUCCGUCUCUACGAGGCGGCCAGCGGGGCCCUGCAAGCCGAAGUCAGCGCUCAUGCCCGCUGGAUCUAUGCCCUAGAUGUGGCACCACAAUCAGGGAAGCUCCUGUCAGCCGCUGAGGACUCCUUUCUGCAGGUCUGGAGGCUGAACCACAAUCUGGACGCCGAGGCCAUUGAGAUUGAGCAUUGCCAUGGAGAGUGCGUGACAGACACCCUGCUGUGCGGGGCCCGCUUCUGCAACCCAGAGGGCACCGCCUUUGCGGUCACUGGCUUUGAGCUCAGCGAGAUAAUCCGCUACGUCCAGGCAUGAGCGCCGCCUGCCAAUGGCAGGCAAAGGUCCAGCCGGAGACCAACAAGGGGAGCCAACACUGGCUGGAGCUUGCAGUAGCCAAGGGGCCACCGCCUGGGAGCCGGGAACUAGCGGGAUGGUCGGUUAGUCCAGCUUGCUUUCCAGGCUGCUAUGAGAGCACCGACACGCCCCCCCCCUUUUCCAGGGAUUCCCCUCCCGCCCUGCCCUGCCCUGCCCUGGUUUCUUUCUGCUUUGGGCUUUGGCAAGGCAGAUGUCGGGGACUUCCCUGGGAGCCUGGCUGCCCCAGAAGACCCCGGGGGAAGGCCUGCCCUGCCCAUCGCUUCAUCCCCCCUCCCCGGGGGGGGUCACUCAGGUCCCUUCCCCAGCCAGCUCCACAAGCCCCCCAUUGCUGCCAAAAGCCAUCCAAAGCAGAGCCACCUGGCUUUGCCCCCUCAGGAGAGGGGCAAUCUUAUUUCUACCACGCUGCCCGAGGUCCCUCCUCACCACAGAGCAAGGCAGGGCGGCUGGCUAAAGCUUGCAUUUUUGCUACUCCAAAACCUGUGUCUGCUUCUUGGAUAGAUGGUGUUGACCUUCGUGGGAUGGGACAGGUUGUGUCCCCUCCCCCCCCACACACACCAGGAAUCUUGUUUAACUUGGCAGGUUUUUGUGAACAAGAGAUGCUCCAGCCACACACUUGCUGGAAUGCAGGCUGAAGUCCAGCCGCUCUCCCCGAUAGGAGGCACGUGGUGCUAAAAGGGAGCCGAGGGCUCUCCAGUGCCCUCCGGGACCUGCCUGCCUGCCUGCCUGCCUCUGCAGCACUUCCCCCUUCCAGGCAGGGGAAGGCCUGCUUUUUCAGUUCCGCUGCUGCUCGCUCUCACACUGAGCUUCCCCUCUGAACCUCCCAUCCUGCACAAGGCUCCCACGUUCACCACCACCGUCUUGCUGUUGCAGGCUCAGGGAAUGUGGAGUGACAGGCCCUUGACCCACCCCUUCCUCACCCCACACCCCCCUGGCGAAAUGGAGACACCCAGCGAGAGGAUCCAGUGGCAGAACCCCCCUCCUUGUUUACUGCUGGAGAGCUGAGUGUGUGUGUGUGUGUGGGGGGUUAGGUAUCCAGCUGCACAGCCAGAGCUUGGGAGUUCCGAUUCCCUGCCGCGCUGGCCUCCUUUGACAAGGGCUGGAUCCGACGAUCCCUAGGCUGGCCCUGUAGCUCCCUGGCCGUUUGCGUCCUCAGCCAGGAUCCACCGCGGGGCCCUAGAGCUUGCUGAACGAGGAGGGUCCUGCCAGGAGGGACGAAGCUCUGUUCAAUGACCAGUGCAUGGUUCUAGGAUAGAUUCUCCAUUGUCAUGGUGUGUCCCUGCCUGUACAUCUGCUACACAAGUAAAGCCGAGG